CGGCCAAGAAGUCGUAGCCGUAGCUGGAUUCGUCUAAGUGUUGGAAAGUUGUAUUUGAAGUUCGUUCAGGUUCGUCACAUUGGAGAAGGAUACGGACGAGCCGCCACAGGAAGGGAUCAAGGGCUAAGACUCACACUAUGCGGCAUCACCAAGAUAUGUCACCCGACGAAGGGUUCGUCCACGGUGGCAACAACUACUGGAACACCCUUGGACCUCGAACGGCGGCUCACCACAGAGACGGUUCUGAAAUCCCAGUUGUGCCUUUGAUUGACCCAUCACCUCGGACCUCGGAAGCCCUUGACAGGAACCCAUCGAGUCUGAUCAGUCCGCUACCUUCUCGUCCAUCAACUCCAAGUCCGUCGAGACAUCAAAACACACCCCAUGAUUCUCCAUCUCACGCUCCACCGCCGCCAUGGAACCCCGUCUCGGCAUCAUCCCUCGUGAGCUCACCGAUAACACGGAAGAAGCUUCACCCCAACGCAACCAUCCAGACCGAAUGCAAAGCCAACUACGCGAACAGUGCAACCCCGAGAUCCAAAUACAGCUUCGGCAUCAAAAAAGACGGCAUACCCCAACACCACACCUGGCGUCUGGAAAUCAGCGCCGUGCUGCUAAGCCUCUGCGCCGUCGCCGUGUCCGUCAUCCUCCUGAUCUCGGCCCACGACCGGCCCUUGGCGAAAUUCGAUUGGUUCAUCUCGUUCAAUACGGUCAUUUCGAUCUUGGGGGCUGUGUCGCGGGCUUCGCUGGGUUUUGCCAUUGGCUCGUGUUUGGGGCAGGGCAAGUGGAAUUGGUUUAAGAUGAGGUCGGAUAGGUUGAUUGCGUUUGAGAAGUUUGAGGAGGCCAGUCGGGGGCCUUGGGGAAGUAUGUGGUUGCUUUUGUGGCUUAAGUUGCGACAUUGGACGGCACUGGGCGCCGUGGUGACCAUCGUGCUGCUCGGCUUUGAGCCGUUUCUGCAAGCCGUCAUCGACUUUGAGGGCCGGAUAGACUCCAUCGAAGGCGUAACGCCGCCCAUUAUCGGAGCCGGCAUUCGCCUGGAUUCGGGAAAAUACUACACCUCUCCCGGCAGCCCAAUCUCGGCUAUCAUCAAUCCGGCGAAUAAUAGGACGUGGAGUGUGUAUCCGCACGCGAGCCAGCCGGACUUGGGCAUGGCGGCGUCGGUAUACAGCGGCUUUUAUAACAGCUCAUCGACCAACGAUCAGACGGUGUCAUUUCUUUGCCCCAGCGGGAAUUGCACUUGGGCCCCCUUUGCAUCACUGGCCGUCUGCGGCAAAUGCUACGACGUAAUGGCCGACGUUAAACGCGAGGAACUAUUUGGCACCGACCUGGGCACCAUCACCGCGACCGCCACGAAUUUCGAGACCAACUACACGCGUUUCUCCCUACCCUACAUUAGUCUCAGCAACAUGGCCCAACAAAAAGAUGACCAAUUUUCGGCCUGGAUGGCGGCUGCCACCAUCACCAACCCAGGCCGGUCCAUCAAAUUCAAGAAUAACCACCUCCUGCUCAGUGUCGUCGGCGUCAUCAAAGCCGACGACACGUACCGCCUCAACAAAACUAUAUGGAGUAAAACUUCCAUCACCGCCACCGAAUGCGCCCUUUACUUCUGCACCAACGCCUACAACUCCAGCGUCCAGCACGGUCGGCUCCAAGAGACCGUCAUCGGGACGUGGACCGAGCGCGUCCCGGGCUCCUUCUCCGCCAUGCCGGGCGGCCCCCUCGGCCCAUCCAACUUCUCCGACUUCGAGAGUUACAACAACGACUCGCUGUACAGUUACUUCGGCAACACGGACCGCUAUGAUCUACAGCUACAGGUGCCCGAGUCCGAGGCUCAAACGCUCGGCCUCGUCCCCGAAAAUGCCACGCUGCGCUUCAACGUCAGCCAGGACACCAUCGGCAGCACCAUCGCCUUCCUCAAUACCAACUUCUUCCAAACCUCCGUCAACCCUCAAGCCGUCUGGCCCCAGCGCGGAAGCCAGGGUUUCUCCCAGACGCCUGCUGCACAGGCGUUCUACGAAAGUACUAAUUUGACGAAGACGUUUGAGAAGGUCGCCCAGAGCAUGACAAAGUGGAUUCGGGACUACAGCAAUGCGACGCAGCGGGGCGUGCAGGAGGAAUGGGUCAUUCACAUCCAGGUCCAGUGGUGGUAUCUGGCGUGUCCGCUGGCCACGGUGAUGGCGGGGUGUCUUUUUAUGUUGUUGUCCAUGCUGGAGACGAGGAGGCUGGGGUUGAAGCCUUGGAAGACGGAUGUCAUUGCUACGUUGGCGCAUGCGUUGGAUGCUGAAACAAGGGCGCAGUUGAGGUUUGCGGAGAGGAGGGGGCAUGGGGUCAGAACGGCGGAGCGGAUGGUGGUUGGGUAUGAGGAUAGUGGGUGUGGGUUGGAGUUGAAGGCUAAGCAGCCUGUUUGAAAUGGGUGGACGGUGGGAAAGAGGGGAGAUACCCUGAGGCAACGGGUAAUGAUUCAUGAAAUGUUUUAACACGCCAACAGCACCACCAAAGCGCUGUUGCAUACGAGAGCUAUAGGAGUUUGGUAGCCUCAGGUGCACGCCUCAUGAGGUAGAAAAAAUAACAAC